AUGCUGAAAAUUGAGUCGUUACAAUCGACGCGCUGCUUGCCUGCUCCUCUGCGUCACCGCGCCUCUCGCUGGCCCCUCUGCGUCACCGCGCCUCUCGCUGGCCCCUCUGCAUCACCGCAUCGUCUCGUUGCUCGCCCUUACUGCUCGCUGCUGCCUCUCUACUCGUUGCCCUCACUUCUGCAGGCUUUGGGUUUGGAUUUGGUAUUUUUUUCCUCCUCCUUCCUCAAAUUCCUUGCCACACCCACAAAUCACACAGUUAGGGUUUUGAAACCUAUUCUCCUUCGCAAACUCCCAAAUCACAUAAACCCUCCAAAAUCCCUCUCUUCUACCAUCUCCUUCCAGUUCUCGCAGCUGUUUCCAGCUACAAGCAAUUCCUGCACCAUUAGAUUCGGUGGCAUUCUCCAGAAAGCAUUUGUGUCUCCAUGUGCUGGGAGUAGUUAUUGGAAAAGAAUUUUAAGAAAUCACUCCACAUGUGCCUCACUGGCGGUUUCUUCAGUUGUGCCAAUCAUUUUUCGGUCCUCAUCCUCUCCGCUGAUUGCUUCAAACCUUUCGCAGUCUGAGGUCCAACAACGCUCAGACGAGUGGUUCGCGCUUCGUAAGGACAAGCUGACCACAAGCACAUUCAGUACUGCAUUGGGUUUCUGGAAAGGGAGCCGUCGUGUCGAGUUAUGGCACGAGAAAGUAUUUGCAACAGAAGUACAGGUCAUUGAAGCUUCCAAAAGAAACGCCAUGGAAUGGGGUGUGCAGAAUGAAUCAGCAGCUAUAGAUCAGUACAGAAAAAUCACAGGUCAUGAGGUGAGCACAAUGGGGUUUGCAAUGCAUGCGAAUGAGCGACUCGAUUGGAUUGGUGCCUCCCCGGAUGGUGUUCUAGGUUGCUUCCCGGAAGGUGGGAUAUUGGAAGUCAAGUGUCCUUACAACAAGGGCAAGCCGGAGACAGGGUUGCCAUGGUCAUCCAUGCCUUUCUAUUACAUGCCCCAAGUGCAGGGCCAAAUGGAGAUAAUGGAUUGCGAGUGGGUUGACCUAUAUUGCUGGACACCAAACGGAAGCACAAUAUUUCGGGUGCUCAGAGAACGCAGUUAUUGGGAGUUGAUACAUGGGAUUUUGCGCGAGUUUUGGUGGGAAAGCGUGGUUCCUGCCAAGGAAGCUUUGGUGUUGGGAUCUGAAGAGCAGGCCAAGUCAUAUAAGCCUGCAACUAGACACAAACAGACAGGUCUGGCUAUUGCCAAAAGCAUAAACUUGGCUAGCCAAGCAAAGCUUCUAUGCAGAGAAAUUGCAGGGCAUGUUGAAUUCUAUAGCUGAUUGGUAUUUUCAAGUAAUAGGUUGAUUUUCAAUGAAUGCAUAGCCUAUUCUUUACAUAUGUAACAUUCUCAUGUUCAAUUACAAGUGUUAAUUAUUUAUUAUAA